CAUACAUGAUAUAGUACAGCAGUUUAAAAACUCUUUGAGGACAAAAGUUGUACUGUGUUUAGACGAAGUUAUUAUUAUAUUUACUUUCACAAGUGUAAUUAGACUGGUAAUUCCUAACUCUAAUUGAGCCUACAAUAAUUCUUUAACUUAAGAUAUUAUAAUUAUAGUCGUAGGUAAUCUACCACUUGAGCGUCGCCGGUUAUGAAAAAAUCAUGCUUUUCAAGAUCAGUUCCUUUCUAAAUUAAAUUACUAAUUCAAUUCUUUCGAACUUUGGUGUUAUACUGUUAGUACUGUUAGUGUUAGUGUUGUCAGUGUUGUUGCUUCUUUCUACUUCUACUUAUUAUCCUUUCUUGUUUUGAAGGAGAAGGCGUCUUGCCGAAACUUUCUGAUUCUUUUGACUUGAUUUUCUUGUAAAAUUUCAUUUUCAUGAAUUUCAAGCCUUAAUAAUAAUAUUAAUAUUAAUUAUUAACAUAACUUGGAAGCAGCCAUACCAGAAGAUAUAUAAUUAUAAUAUAUAUAUAUAUAUAAUAUAUAAGUUAUUAUAAGAGAUUAUAUUAUAUUAAAUAAUUUGUUAUUCUCAUCAAUGUUGAGACUCUUGAUUAUUGUCAUACUUGUAAGUUUAGUUAAAGCAAGCAUGAAGAAUUCACAAACACUGAAAUUUCCAUUUUUUCAGUAUAUAAACUGGUUUAUGAUAUUUGUAAAUUGUCUCAUCUUUUAAAGGACAAAACAUUUUAGAAUUUUUAGGUAUACAUUUUAUGGACUGUCCUUAAAUUUACUUAUUUGGCAGGGGAAAGUACUAUAGGUGAGAGUGGGGUCCAGUGACAGGAAUAAGGAGUAAAACUAAAAUUGUUAUCAUAAUGUUGUAGGGCAGCAUUUCGCAAGCUUCUUUUUUCGUGACAUGGUUAUUUUUAUAAUUUAUACUGUUCCUAAAUAACCCACUAAAACUUGUAUUGCUUAUUCAGAGGUAGGUUAUAGGUAACAAAAAAAUAAAUUGGAUUUGAAUGUCUAUGAGGAAAAUAUAAGGCAGGGUGGAGGUGGUAGGGGAGAGUUAGUGUGAGAAUGUAAAGGAGUGAAAGUGACGUGGUAGGGAAGAAACAGGCUUAGUGAAGUUUAGGAAGUGUAAAUUUGGGCUGGUUCACUUUCAAAUGGAGAAAGCUCAACCAAAAAUAACAUUUCAGGUAAUUUUUUAUAAUAAACAAAGGCACAAAAAAAAAAAAGAAAGAAAAAAACACUCAUUCUUUUCACAAAAAUUUAAUUUUAAAAGAACAGUCUUAAAAAUAAAAUUUAUUAAGUACUCUAUAUUCUUCUCUCCAAUAUAUCAAUAGUUAUAAAUAGUUUGAAAUUGAUAACUUUGGAUAAACCACUAAACGGAAAUCUGAACAACAUUUUGGCCUGUUAGUAGUAGCCUAGAAGCCAAUUUAUUCUUAAAUUAAAAGAUUUCACAAGAUCAUUUUUGGUUAAAGUUAAAGGAAAUAAUUAAAAUAUUUUUUUAUUAAUUUAUUAUGUUGUUUACUUUGGUUUUUUGUUUGCUGAAGGCUUUCUGCUGAUAGCAAUAAUUGUUUUGUUUGGAAUUUUUGGGGGGUUUCCCCUACCUUGUGCUACUUAUUUUAAUUUAUAAAAUUUAAUAAAAAUAGUGGUCAAAAGUAUACAACUAAUACAAGUACAAAUUGUUAUUUUUAAAGUAAUUUAAAAUUUACUAUAGCUUUGGAGCAUACCACCUUAUUUUACAAUAAAUUGUUUUUCAACUUAGUACUACAGUGUUUUUAAAAUUUAUUUGUAUUUUAAAGUGUUCUUUAAAAUAAGCUAAAAAAAUACUAGUGUAGUUAGUAAAUUGGUAUUAGCAAACAUUUCCCUGAUGCUCAUACUUAUUCAUCACAUCUCUUCUGGUAGUUGUAGUUUAUUCCUGUUAGUUGUCGUUUAUUCCUGUUUUUCUAUUAAAAUUAUUCUGUGGUUUGAAACUAGAUAACAUUAACAAUCUAUACAUUUGUCAUAUAAAUUUAUGGUUAUUGUGGUUUGAAACUGGACCACAAUAACAAUCAUAUCUACACAUUUGUUAUAUAAAUUUGUUGUAUAUUGUAUUGCCAACCAAUUUUCUUGAAUUCAUCUGUUAUGAAAGAUGUAAUGACUUACUCUUUCUUUUUUUUAAAUGCAGGGAAAAGCCAAAGUAUACCAGUGUUCCUAUAUAAGAAUUGUGCUUCAUAAAAUGUUGCUCAAUAAUAAACUAACAACAUACUUCAGCAGACAAAUAAGAUAUUCGUCUACCUAUUUACAAUUUAUGAAGAAUGGCACCAUCCCCAAAAGCUUUGAACCAUUGCAAAAUGCCAGAUUUUGCAAAUUUCUGUCAACUUUGUCAAAAGACUCUAAUUUGGGACAUCCUUCAUUCUUUAACAGAAUGGAUAUUCUGCACUUAAAAAGAUCGGAUUCACCUUUAUGCUAUAAGCAUACUACUUCACUAAGUAAACUUCAAGAUGAAAGGAAAUCGCUUGACUAUGAAGUAAUUUAUCUAAUAGAAAGAUUAAGAACUCUCCGUACUAUUUGCAAAUUGAAUAAAAUUUCAACCAUUUGUGCAACAGUAGGAUCACCAUCUAUUUUAGGAAUAGGAUACAUGGGAAUUCUUCCAAUGCAAACAGCUCAGAGCCUUGCUUUUAUGUUUAUAAUGUAUGCUGCUUUCUUUCUUGGACCUGCUGUAUUGAUAUCAAAAGUUGUUGGAAAGAUGAUGAUCAGCACAAAUUUAGACUACCUAAAAAUUUCUCAUUUGUCAGUUUUUGGAAAUCGUAGAGAUAUUUAUUUGAGUGUCAAUGACCUGAUGCCUUUACAGCAAAGUGAGGAAGGUGUAUUAGCCAGCAAUAUUAAAAUAUUACAGUUCAAAAAUGUGUCUAAGAAAUUUAUCUUUUUACCUCAAAGUGGAGAUAUAAAUUCCUACCAUACUAGCUUGGAAAUGUUAUUAAAUGGAGAGCUAGGUAGAGAUAAGAAAGGUGAAAAAAACAAGUUAUGAAAAUUUAAGAGAAAAAUAGAUUACAUAAUAUGUAAAAUAUAUACUUCUCAAAUGUAUUGACCUACUUCUGCUAAGAUGAGUUUCAUUGUAAGGAAACAUGUUUAGCCUUUCUUUCUAAAAUUCAUAGCAUACUUAAAAUUUCAGUUGUUUCAUGAAUAAUUAUUGGUAAAUCCAUUAUUUUUCAUGCUUAGAUUGAUAAUUUUCAACAGAUAAAACAAACUAUGUAACUUUCAAGUGUUAUAAAACUUAU